AUGGACGACGCAGUUGACUUCUUGCAGACGGUCAAGGCCGGCUUUCCGGACAUUCUUGCUGUUUUGUCUGAUGUGGAGAUACGUGUUUUGGAUUCACGUGCCGAUGAGCCGUUUGAUGCCGGAAGUGUGAACACUGAGUUCGUGCAGGCGGCCGAAGCUUGUUUUGUGUCAUCACACACCGUGAUGAUGGCUAGGAGCAUGCUGAGAGAAGCACUGGUUGGACCAAGUACUAAAGGGAAGGAGUUAGACAUUGCAAAGCAGGAAAAACUGAUUGAAGCAACUACGAAAGUUUAUGAGAGGAUUAAAGUGAUAAUCGAUGGACGGUUGGAGGCAACCAAGGAGGCUUAUGGUGCUGUUGGUUUGCCACGAGUCAUUCGAUUGGCUCGUAGAUACAAAAUGAGUCCAUCAGAGUCUGAGGUGUUGGUGUACUGCCUUGUCUGUUCUGUAGCUCGUUCUCAACGAGUUUCUGUUCAUCUUAAAGAUGCCAAAUUCCUGACCUCUGACACACUUCAAGUGUGUAGAGCAUGUAACAUUGGCAUAACCGAAAUGAUGGACUUCUUGUCGUUGGAAAGGGAGCACAUGCAGCAUGGCCUUUUUCCUGAUGUUAUGCCAAAUUACACACUGCAGUGCAGCCUGACAUAUGACGAGACCAUCUGCAGAACUCUGAUUGGGUGCAAUAUAAAGAGCAGUGAAUUCUUGAAGCUCGAGCAGACGUGCCUGGCUGAUGUAUUGAUAGAGGAGUCAGGUGGUGAGAAAUACAGGAGUGGAGGUGACAUGAGUAAUGCUGCAUUAGCACCAAACACUCAGGAGGACAAGGACAAGGUCGUUACCGAAAACGAGGACAACAAUGUGGAUUUAGAUUUUCUGUUGAAACGGGAAAGACAACGCGAGAAAGACUUGGUUGUUGAAAAAGAUACACAAAUUGAGAAAGUAGAGACAGAAGCUGGAGAGAAUGACGCAGCUGAUGAUAGUUUGAAGCCUUACAAAACUGAUCUUGAUUAUCUCGAUGACAAUAUACAGUGGGUUGCUCAGAAGCUGAAGCUGAAACAAAUGGAUUCUCGUUUGGAGAUUGAGGAGCAAAUGGGUGGUGAAAUUCACGACACAAGAACUAUUCGUUUAAAGAGGGAAGCACAAUCGAAGUUGAAAGUGCUAGAGAACAAGUGUGCACGCCGGCUUGCUAUGACGAAGCAAACUGGUACUUGGGUGCCACGUUUAGAACGUAUGAUCAGCUCUCGAAAACUGUGUGAAUUUGAGAAAAAGGUUUUGCUUACUUUGAUCAGCAACACUAUUCAGCCAAACAAGGUGAUGCAUAUUAACUAUCAUGGUGGUCAACAUAGUUUCAUAGUAGGAGAUUUGCUUCAACUUUUCUGCUCUGAUUUGGCUACUCAGAUCAAAAGUUGAGUGUAUUUCUACAAAACGGCAUCAUUAGUACGUGAAGGCAUGAUCAUUGUUCAUGCGUCUGGCUUGUCGGGUGAUCCAACUGGAGCCAGAGUUGAAAUCGAUCGACGCAUGCUCGAUUUUUGCGUUGGUCUUGAUACCGAGUUUUCUGAAGUUGUUGAAGGCUCUCAUCUCUAUUAUCCCAAAACAAAGUUUGAAUCGGUGAUCGUGAGUCAGGAGCAGAAGGAUCUUAUUAUGAGCACCGUUAGCAAUUUUGAGUCAUACAAAAUCUGUCGCAAACGGUUUGGUUUGGAUGACGCUAUUACGUACGGUGCAGGUAUGGUCAUGUUGUUUCACGGUCCACCUGGAACUGGAAAAACAAUGAUGGCCAAUGCUCUUGCCAACAAGCUUGAAAAGAAAGUGCUGCUCAUCAAUUUUCCUAGUCUUGGUUCAAUGAUGGCCGGCGAGAAUUUCAAAUUUAUAUUUCGAGAGGCAAAGAUCAAUGAUGCCAUUCUGUUCUUUGACGAAUGUGAAGGCAUCUUUGAAACGAGAGCAAGAGGGGGUCGCAACAUCAACAUGUUGCUGACGGAGAUUGAACGUCACGAUGGUCUCAUUAUCUUGGCAACAAACAGGCCAUAUGAUCUAGAUGAGGCAAUGAAUAGGCGAAUUAUGCUUGCCAUUGAAUUUCGCAAACCAGACCAUCUUCUAAGAAGAAGCAUUUGGGAGUCACACAUUCCAGAAUUGAUGCCACUGGCAGAGAAUGUUAAUACAACUGAGUUGGCUUUGAAGUUUGAGCUCAGUGGGGGGUUUAUUAAGAAUGCUGUGCUGUCUGCUCUCUCGCUGGCUGUAUCUCGAGAUGGUAAUAGCCCGGUCGUGCGGCAAGACGACUUGCUGCAAGGUGCCAUCUUCCAGCUGAGAGGUCAUCUCAGAAUGAAGGAAUUUGAUCGACGUGUCGUUCCUGUAUGUGGACUAGAUGAAGUACUGGUAGAUGACGAUUUGGCGAAGUCGCUGCGAGAGCUUGUAUCAUUUGAAAAAGCCAGAUCAGUCUUGUUUGGACAAUGGGGAUUUGGCAAGCGAAUGAUGGAGGGUGUGACUGUUUUGUUUCAUGGUCUCCCUGGCACUGGCAAAUCGCUAGCUGCUGAAGCAGUCGGAUAUGAAGUUGGCCGUGCUCUAAAAGUGGUAAACAGUGGAGAGCUGUUGAGCAAAUGGGUUGGAGAAAGUACCAAGAAUAUCGAUGCCAUUUUUGAAGACGGACGCGACUCUGAUGCUAUACUUGUAUUUGAUGAAGCCGAAGGUCUCUUUGGGACGAGAACUGAAAUGAGCUCGUCUACUGACCGAUAUGCCAAUAUCGACGUCAGUGUUUUGUUGUAUCAUAUUGAGCGCUAUCCAGGCAUUGUCAUACUCAUUACAAAUCUCAUCGACAACAUCGACAAAGCCUUUUUCAGACGCCUGAAAUUUAUUCUUCACUUUAAAACUCCAUCACGCUCUCUGCGACGUGAUUUGUGGAAGCUUCUCAUACCUUUAGAGGCUCCCAUUGCUGAUGACAUUGAUUUUGAAGAGCUAAGCUAUUUCGAGAUGAAUGGUGGUGAUGUGAAAAGUGCCGUCUUUAGAGCCGCAUCACGGGCUGCUCUCAGGUCUGAUGACACUCGGAAAAUUACCAUGAAAGAUUUGCAAGAAGCUGCCAAAGAAGAACUAAACAAGACUUCAGGAAGACCAGGGUUUCGUCGUCAGGACUCUCAGCAGACAGCAAUGUACAGCUGAGGCAGAAUUAUCAAAGACAAUGUUUAUAUUCAAGCAGUGGAGCAGCAUUUUACGUUUUUAUCGUAUGAAAUUUAGCUGAGACAUGUUGUUUUACUGAUUUUUUUAGUGCAGCUGCAGCAAACUCAAGUUUUUUCUAUUAGUUUGCAAAUGAGAAUGUCUACCUUGUAGCAGUUAGAGUGGAUUAGAGUUGUACCGUUU